CCCCCAGUCCAAGUCCGGCCGCGGAGCUUGAACAGUUCCAUUUUCCCUAGCUCUAGAAGAAUGCUGCGGGAGCUCGGACGCACCGCUACCGUUAAGGCCCAUGGCCGCAGCGUUCUGCGCCCCGUGCGCGGGCCGGCUGGCAGGCGCCAGGUGGCGUUCACCGGUGUCCGGCCUUCGGUCCGUGUGUUCGCUGAGGCGCCCGCUGCCGAGCAGGCCGCCAAGGCUAUUAAGCUGGAGGACGUGAAGGAGGGCUCUGAGUACGAGGGCACCGUGACGACCGUCGAGGAGUUCGGCGCUUUCGUGAACUUCGGCGCCAACACCAACGGCCUGGUGCACAUUUCCAAGCUGGCGUCUGGGUUCACCAAGAACGCCAAGGACGUGGUUCAGCCUGGCCAGAAGGUGACCGUCAAGGUCCUGAGCGUGGACGCUGAGAAGAAGCGCGUGUCGCUGGAGCUCAAGUCCGCUGUCGCUGCUGAGGCGUCGGCUGAGGAGUCGGAUGACAUUAUCACCGAGCCUGACCGCGAGGGCGCUGAUGCCACCGAUGACGACGAGGAUGUGGAGGUGGAGCUGGAGGACGGCCAGGUGGAGGUCCGCGCUGACCUGCCCGGCUUUGAGGACAUUCCCUUCGUGAUGGAGGAGGCGGACAUGGACGCCGAGAUGUCGGAGGCGGCCAUCGCUGCCCUGGAGGCUGACCUGGACGGUGCCGAGAUCCGCUACGAGCUGGAGGCCCCCGCCUACAUGGAGGAGGUGACCGGCAAGGUGGCCCGCAUUGAGGACUACGGCGUGUUCCUGGAGUUCGAGUGGAACGGCAAGACCCUGACCGGUCUGCUGGCCAAGGACGAGAUGAAGGUGCCCAGCUCCGCGCUGUCCGCUGAGGCUCAGGCCGCUCUGCGCGCCGAGUGGGCGGACACCGGCUUUGAGAUGCCCGCCUUCGUGGAGCUGCCCGAUGACGAGCUGGACGUCAAGAAGUACUACCAGCCCGGCGAGUCGGUGCCCGCUUUCGUGCUGGAGUCGAGCCUGGUUGACGGCCGCGGCAUUAGCCUGACCCACUUCACUGACGAGGAGGUGUCGGCUGAGGCUGUUGCUGCCUACGAGGAGCUGGAGGACGACGAGGACGAGGAGCUGGACAAGAUGAUGGCCGACGCCGCCGGCCUGGAGGACGAGGUCCUGGCCUUCGACCCCGAGGCUCUGAUGGAGGAGGACGAGGGCGAGGAGGCUGGCGCCGCUGCCGACGCUGGCGACGACGCUGAGUACGAGGGCGUGUCCGCCGACGGCCUGGAGGGCGCCAACGGCAACUACGCCCUGGGCGCCACUCGCAGCGGCCUGAUCAAGGGCAAGAACGGCUACCAGGUGGCCCCCAUGGGCCUGCCCAGCCGCCCCCUGAACGACGCCGUGACCUCGUCGGGCCUGGCCAUCCUGGGCACCUCGGAGGUUGACUUCGAUGGCGAUGAGGUGCAGCUGGUGGACUACUGGACCAGCGAGGCCUUCGACAACAUCCCCAAGGAUGUGCUGAAGAAGCUGGGCCUGAAGAUGUCCUACACCGAGGCCGGCGAGGCCGAGUUCGAGGAGCGCGCUGACUUCGAGGCUACCGACGUGCCCUUCUACCUGUACGGUGGCGACGUGGAGUCGCGCGCCAAGGAGUUCGUGGCGGACCUGCUGUCGGAUGACGUGGACGAGGCUGAGCUGCCCGCCCGCGCCGGCCGCGCCCCCAUUGUGCUGGCCGCCGCUGUGCAAAAAGGGCUGGGCGCGUGCGUGGCAUGGCGUGCGUGGCGGCUGCCUUGGAAGCACCACGGCAUGCAGUUAGGGGACGAUUGGGUUGCUGGGCGUGCGCUCACGAUCUGGGGGAGCCAAAGUGUAGGAGCAAUGGAGACGGACACGGAGGCGCUUAGGAGUGUGCGCGUGCUGCACUCAGUGCCACCUCCCCCACGGAUUAAGACGUUUGUGUUGUGUGUGUUUUAUGCCCCCUCCCCGGCAGACAUCUCGGCUGCGGAGGUGAAGGCGCUGCGCGAGAAGACGGGCGCCGGCAUGAUGGACUGCAAGAAGGCGCUGGCUGAGUGCGCCGGUGACGCUGAGGCUGCCGCUGAGUGGCUGCGCAAGAAGGGUCUGUCUGGCGCCGACAAGAAGGCCGGCCGCAUCGCCGCUGAGGGCGCUGUGGCUCGGUACAUCCACCCUGGCAGCCGCCUGGGUGUGCUGCUGGAGGUGAACUGCGAGACUGACUUCGUGGCGGCCUCGGAGAAGUUCCAGGCGCUGGUGAACGAGCUGGGCAUGAUCAUUGCCGCCACCGACUGCAUCUGCGUCUCGCCCGAGGACGUGCCCGAGGAGGUGCUGGCAAAGGAGCGCGAGGUGGAGAUGGGCAAGGAGGACCUGGCCAACAAGCCUGAGGCCAUUCGCGCCAAGAUCGUGGAGGGCCGCCUGCAGAAGAUGCGCGACCAGGUGGCCCUGACCAACCAGGCCACCCUUUCCAACCCCGACAAGACCGUGGCCGAGCUGGUCAAGGAGACCAUCGCCGCCGUGGGCGAGAACGUCAAGAUCCGCCGCUUCAUCAAGUACCGCCUGGGUGAGGGCCUGGAGAAGAAGGCCAACGACUUCGCCGCCGAGGUGGCACAGCAGACGCAGGCGAAGGCCGCCGCGCCCGCUGCCCCCAAGAAGGAGGAGCCCAAGAAGGAGGAGCCCAAGAAGGCCACCGUGGCCGUGUCCGCGGGCACCGUCAAGGAGCUGCGCGACAAGACCGGCGCUGGCAUGAUGGACUGCAAGAAGGCGCUGGCCGAGAACGAGAACGACAUGGAGAAGGCCACCGAGUGGCUGCGCAUGAAGGGCCUUGCGGGCGCCGACAAGAAGGCCGGCCGCAUCGCCGCUGAGGGCGUGGUCGCGUCCUACAUCCACCCCGGCAGCCGCCUGGGUGUGCUGCUGGAGGUGAACUGCGAGACCGAUUUCGUGGCGGCCUCGGAGAAGUUCAACGAGCUGGUAAACUACAUUGCCAUGGGCAUUGUGGCGGGCCAGAACGUGCAGUACGUGUCGGCGGACGAGAUCCCGGCCGAGGUGUUCGAGCGCGAGAAGCAGCUGGAGAUGGCCCGCGAUGACCUCAAGGGCAAGCCCGACGCCAUCCGCGCCAAGAUCGCUGAGGGCCGCGCGAAGAAGAUCGCGACCGAGAUGUGCCUGCUGGACCAGCCCUUCCUCACCGACCCCUCCAAGACCGUGGCGGAGGCCAUCAAGGAGUCCAUCGCCGCCAUCGGCGAGAAGAUCUCGGUGCGCCGGUUCGUCAAGUUCCAGCUCGGCGAGGGCCUGGAGAAGAAGUCGAACGACUUCGCCGCCGAGGUCGCCGCCGCCACCGGCGCCAAGUAAUUGCCUGCUGCAGCAGCGGGAGCGGACAUGGAGGCGGCAGGAGUGAAGCAGCAAGGCUGUUGUCUGUUAGGCUUCGAGCUGGGUUGGGAAGAGAGUCAGCGGUGAUGCGGGCUAGGAAAGGUGUUGGGGCCUUGGAGGUGGGGCCGCCGCCUGCAGUGGAGCUUGCGGUAUGCGGCCCAUUGUGGGCGCGACGGGCGGAGGAGGAGGCGGUUGUAGGCCGCACACUUGGCGGCAGAGCACGCCGAGUACCCUGAGGAUCAGGGGAGGCGCUUGGGGAGGCGAGGAUUCACAGACUUGAACUCGACGGUGGUUGGAAAGGCACGUAGGCACGUAGCUCGGACCCCAGAGAGUUGCAGUGAUAUAGCAGUCCGAGAGGAUAAAAAUGCAGAGGUGUUAGUUGGUGCUGGCAAACGGAGGAAACAUGAACAUUCGAGCAAGGUGUGGUCCGGCGGAGAGACCCAAUUUUGUCUUUGGCCCACACAGCGCAGUGCGCGCGUGUGUUGGGCGCCUGGGAUGCAGGACUUGCAUUGCUCUUGUAAACCCUAAAACAU